AUGGUGCAAACCUUCCGUUUGCCACAGUGCGAACGGGCAAAAAAAUCGACCAAGAUGAACUCGACGUCAGCGGCUCUGGCAGAAGCUGCAGCCAAGACAGCAGCUAGACCGGCCUGGAGAAUGUCGACCAAGAAAGUGUUUGUGGGACUGACGGCUGUGACUAGUUUGAGCAUCUUUCUGCUCCACAGCUAUCACUUCAACUGGGAGAGCCAUCACAGGAGCCAUUACAGCACUGUCAGCCCCCCGCAGCCCCUCCCCCGCCGGAAGCAGACAGCCGUGGUCUUCCUGAAGACCCACAAGACAGCGGGCAGCACCGUGCAGAACAUCCUGUUCCGCUUCGCCGAGCGUCACGACCUGGCAGUGGCCCUGCCGGGGGGGGUGUGCAGCCACCAGAACCACCAGUUCUGCUACCCCCGGCCCUUCAGCCGCCUGUUCGUGCACCCGCUGACCAGGCCCCCCCGCAUCGUGGCCUCGCACCUGCGGCUGGGCCUGUCCGAGCUGCGGGGCCUGGUGCCCCCCGACGCCACCUUCGUCACCAUCGUGCGGGAGCCGGCCUCCAUGUUCGAGUCCCUCUUCUCCUACUACGGGCAGCACUCCGUCUCCUUCCGCAGCGCCCCCAACCGUUCCAUCGAGGCCUUCCUGAGCCAGCCCGCCGCCUACUACCGCCCCGAGGAGCGCUUCGCCAUGUUCGCCCGCAACCCGCUGCUCUUCGACCUGGGCGGCGACCCCAACCGCGACCCCGGCGACCGGGCCUACCUGCGGGACUUCAUCCUGGGCCUGGAGUCCGUCUUCUCCCUGGUCAUGGUGGCCGAGCACUUCGACGAGUCCCUGGUCCUCCUCCGCCGGCUGCUGUCCUGGGACCUGGAGGACGUCACCUACCUGAGGCUCAACGCCCGCAGCAAGGCCUCUCGGACCCAGCUGACCGGCGAGCUGCCCGACCAGGCCCGCAGGUGGAACCGGCUGGACGCCCAGCUCUACCAGCACUUCAACGCCAGCCUGUGGGCCAAGCUGCGGGCCCUGGGCCCCGCGUGGCUCCGGCGGGAGCUGGGCCUCUUGCGCCAAGCCAACGGCCGGCUGGCCCGCGACUGCUUCGGGGUGACCGGUCCUGGGCCUCCACCCGCCCUCCAGGCCUCCCAGAUCCAGGAUAAGGAGCUCCGGCCUUGGCAGCCCAGCGGCGGCGUCAGCAUCCUGGGCUACGAGCUGCCCAGCAACCUCUCCCUGCCCCCCUCCCUGGCGGCCUCUUGCCUACGCCUCAUCACCCCCGAGGUCUCCUACUCCCGCCGGCUCCUCACGAAGGCAGCCAUGAGGGCCCCGCUACAGAGGAGGAACAGGCCCAACUGGGAGGGAGACUGAGACCCGCACGCACUCCAAAACGUGACCCAUCGAGCAGGUGACCAGACUAACCCACCCCUGACCGACUGACCGUUAACAAUUCUGUUAACCAAUCCGUAAUUAAUCCAUUAACUAACUGACCAAUAACCAAAACAUUACUCAACGAUCGAUGAUUAAUCUAUUAGUGAACCAUCCGAAAAUUAAUCCAUUGGUUAAUCCAAUAAUGAACUUAUUGGUUAUCAAUCAGCAAUGACUAACUCAGUUGUCUGACUCAGUAGUUAACUAUCUGAAUAUUAAUCACUGAUAAUUAAUCCGCGAGUUAUCAGGCUGAUUACCAAUCGAUUAGUGAAAGGAUCCAUAAUUAUUCAAAGAAGCAGCCGCUUGAUAACUAGGUAAUUGAUCAGUUGUUAAUCAAUUAGUCAAACGCUAGGCAACUCGUCAUCAGUUAAUCCACUGACAAAGAAUGAAUUAAUCCACUGAAGUAGUUCAUGGUCAGUUUGUUAACUGGGAAUUAAUUACCGGGUAAAUAAUAAUUCGGUAAUUAACCAGCACAAACCGGGGGAGCAGUAUUUGUGCAGAGUUAAUGCUCUUUCCCCUGGAGAUUCCCUCCCUGAGCUGGACUGAAUGUUAAAUAAAUUCAACUUGAACAAUGGGAUCACUGAUGCACUUUAACCUUCGACCCUUCCACUUCACCAGCAACAGUGUCCUACCCCUCAACUUGCUCAACACCCUCAACCACUAACCCCCCCCACCCCCCGACACCUACUACCUAACUCCUCACCCCCUCGAAGCUCCACACUUCCUCACCCUGUC